CACCCAUCGUCACCCAUCGUCACCCAUCGUCACCCAUCGGCCAUCGUUGCCUAUCACUACCCUUCACUCUUCCAGUUUGGUUUAAUACUUAUUGAGUCGUUAUUAUAUUACUAAGAUGGAGCGCAAUAUAGAAGCGGCCCGUUCAUCCAAUCGCCUGCAAAGCAUUGCAAGACGAACCAAAACUCAUCCAGACGCGUCCGUGCGUAAGAUUGAAGACUGCGCAAAGAAACUGGAUCGAAAGACUGCUCUCAAAACUUCGGAUAAGAAUCGGUUGAUUGCCGACGUGAAGUUGAUAAAAGGAGAGAGACUAUCUUCAAAUAAAAGGACACAAGUGAAACAGGUUCUUUACAGGGACUUCCUAAUCAGGUGCAUCGAAUGUGCGGAACUCGGUCCUAACGUUAUGGUUCUCUGUUCGCUUGCCCUUGGUUUGACUGGAAUUUAUGGUCUAAACCAACUAGGCAUGGAAGAAUUCUUUCAGAAGUUGAUAGCCAGGGGGAACUGGGGUUCACCAGGGGUAAUGGAAAUUACGCGAUCUUACAACGUCCCCGACGCUACAUUUUUUGAAGUAGGCAACAAACGUGUGGCAGACCUGGAUAUGGAAUGCAUGGGAGUGCAAUAUUCCGAGACCUUUCCGCUUGUGUCCACUAUAUCAACGGUGUUACCGGUCGAGAUACCACCAGCGGUACUAUCGAGUGAUCAAGUUUCGGCGACAUUCAACGUCAAAUUGGAUAUGCCCUUCCAACCAGACUCCAGGGCCUCUCUGACUUUGAAUUUCGAGAUAGAUAGGGAAAUGGCCUGGCAGAUCGUGCCUUUCUACCAUCCAGAAUCGGCUGUCAUAGCCUCCGAAGUAGCGCAGACCCAAUGAAUACCUCAAUAUGAGACCCAGCUGCUGCAGUGGCAGUCUCAUCCAGAGUUAAUUU